AUGUGGAGGUUUUGGAGGAGGUGGUGGUUGUGGUGGUGGUGGUGGGGGGUGGGGGUGGUGGUGGUGGAGGUGGAGGUAGAGGAGGUGGUUGGUUGUGGAGAUGGUGGUGGAUGUGGAGGUUUUGGAGGAGGUGGUGGUAGUGGUGGCGGUGGUGGAGGUGGUGGUGGAGGUGGUGGAGGCAGUGAAUGUGGUGGUGCAAGUGGUGGAUGUGGAGGUGGUGUCAUUGUUUAA